GAGCUACUGAGGCGCCAGGAGCCGCCACCGCACGAGUUGCCGCUGCCGCCGCUUGUCCUGCACGCCCGCACGAUGCUGUCUGUCCGCGUGGCCGCCGCCCUCGCGCGUUGCCUGCCGCGGCAGGCCGGCCUGGUUUCCAGAAAUGCCCUGGCUGCAGCAUUUGUUGCUUCAAGAAACAUCCAUGCCUCCCAAACAUCUUUUCAGAAAGCUGGCACUGCUGAAGUGUCCUCUAUUCUUGAGGAACGUAUCUUGGGAGCUGACACUUCUGCUGAGCUGGAGGAGACUGGGCGUGUGCUCUCAAUUGGUGAUGGUAUUGCCCGUGUAUACGGCCUCAGGAAUGUUCAGGCAGAAGAAAUGGUGGAAUUUUCUUCUGGACUGAAGGGUAUGUCCCUGAACUUAGAACCCGACAAUGUUGGUGUUGUCGUGUUUGGUAAUGACAGGCUGAUCAAAGAAGGGGACAUUGUGAAGAGGACCGGUGCCAUCGUGGAUGUUCCAGUUGGUGAUGAACUGUUGGGCCGUGUUGUUGAUGCAUUGGGUAAUCCCAUUGAUGGGAAGGGUCCAAUUACUUCCAAGACGCGUAGGAGAGUUGGUCUGAAGGCCCCUGGAAUCAUUCCCAGGAUCUCUGUACGUGAGCCUAUGCAGACCGGUAUCAAGGCUGUGGAUAGCUUGGUGCCAAUUGGCCGUGGCCAGCGUGAAUUGAUCAUUGGUGACAGACAGACUGGGAAAACCGCAAUUGCUAUUGACACAAUUAUCAACCAGAAACGAUUCAAUGAUGGGACUGAUGAGAAAAAGAAACUGUACUGUAUCUAUGUUGCCAUUGGUCAGAAGAGAUCAACUGUUGCCCAGCUGGUGAAGAGGCUGACUGAUGCAGAUGCCAUGAAGUACACUAUUGUGGUUUCUGCCACAGCCUCAGAUGCUGCACCCCUUCAGUACCUGGCCCCUUAUUCUGGUUGCUCUAUGGGAGAGUAUUUCAGAGACAAUGGGAAACAUGCACUGAUCAUCUAUGACGAUUUAUCUAAACAGGCUGUUGCUUACCGUCAGAUGUCUCUGCUCCUGCGGCGCCCACCUGGUCGUGAGGCCUACCCUGGUGAUGUAUUCUACUUGCACUCUCGUCUCUUGGAGAGAGCAGCCAAAAUGAAUGAUGCUUUUGGAGGUGGCUCCCUGACUGCUCUUCCUGUCAUUGAGACUCAGGCUGGUGAUGUGUCAGCCUACAUUCCAACUAAUGUCAUCUCCAUCACUGAUGGACAGAUCUUCUUGGAAACUGAACUGUUCUACAAAGGCAUCCGACCCGCAAUCAAUGUUGGUCUGUCUGUGUCCCGUGUAGGUUCUGCUGCCCAGACUAGGGCUAUGAAGCAGGUGGCUGGUACCAUGAAGUUGGAGUUGGCUCAGUAUCGUGAAGUUGCAGCCUUCGCUCAGUUUGGAUCCGACUUGGAUGCUGCUACUCAACAGCUGCUGAAUCGUGGUGUUCGUUUAACUGAGCUGCUCAAACAAGGACAGUAUGUCCCCAUGGCCAUUGAGGAGCAGGUUGCAGUCAUCUAUGCCGGUGUAAGAGGCCACUUGGACAAAUUGGAGCCCAGCAAAAUCACCAAAUUUGAGAGUGCUUUCCUGGCCCACGUCCUAAGCCAGCAUCAGGCCCUCCUUGCCACAAUCAGGACUGAUGGGAAGAUCUCUGAACAAACAGAAGCUAAGCUGAAGGAAAUAGUUAUUAACUUCCUGGCUACUUUUGAAGGAUAAACUCUCGACUGUUCAAUGUGCUAGGUUCUCGACAUCUAGUGCUCGGCUCCAUUCUCUAGAGACUUAAAGUAUGUGUGACUCCACAUGUACAGAGAUUUUGCUGAAUAAAAUGUUCCAUGUACAUAAA